AGUGGAAGGAGAUGGAGCAGACAGACACGCAGACGAGCGAUCUUUUGCGGUGCUGCAUCGUAGCUUCAUGGCCGCGACACUCACGAUGAGCGGCGGCGGGCAGGAGGAUCCCUUCUAUCCGCUGCAGAAGGCGACUCUCUCCGCUGGAUUCCCUCUGGAGGACUCGGCGUUGUUCGGCUUGGACUGCAAGAUCACAGAAACGGACAAGUCUGGACAAAAUGACUACGCACAGGCAAAAUGUGAGAUGGACAGGUAUCUCUCCCCUCAGCCGCUUUCCCUACCACCUCCCGCAGACAGCCAGCAGAAAUCACACAGAGACGGUGCAUCUGCGGUGGAUCAGUUUUUCACUGAUGAUCACACUGGGGCUCCCUACACCCUCAACAUGAAUCUUUACCUCCCUGACGUGGCCUACCUGAGGAUGGGCUUGUGUCAGCAGGUGCGGCCCCCUCAGCACCAGAACCACACAGGUCUCACUCAAAUCAAAACAGAAUCUGCCUCCCCGUGUUUCUCCCCCAACUUACAGCCACACUGUCCCAACACUACGCCCACGAGUAGCUGCAGCACAUCUGGGCAUGGCCCCGGCAGUAUUGCUAUGGAAACUUCAGCCAUAAACAUGACGUUAACAGGGUUACCGGACUUCACCAGUGUUUUCAACCAGUCAGGAGGCUGCCGAGGUGGCAAUUCAGUGCCAGGAGUUUUUGUCAAACAGGAAAUGUCAUCACAGUUCGAGCCCCAUGCUCUCCACCACCACGACAACAGCGGCUCACUGUUUCAGCUCCUAAACUCUGGCUUGGACCAUCACCACAGCGAUGGUAUGGAGGCUCAGCAUCAGCAUCAUCAUCAGCAGCAGAUACAACACACUUCCACUUCCACAGUCCACACGCCUUUCCAUGAUUUGCCGGUAGCUUCUUCUGCAUCUCAGCAGGAGCAGACUGCCAAGCCUGCCUACUGUGGCCUGGGCGGGGGGGCAUACACACAUCCUCAUGCUCAGGCACACCCCCAUUUCCUCCAGCAGCAGGUGCCCUACCUGCCGCCCUCUCCGCCAAGCUCGGAGCCCGGCAGCCCCGACAGGCAGAAGGAGUUACUCCACACCAUGUCCCCUCCUCCUUCAUAUGCAGCCACCAUCGCCUCCAAGUUGGCAGGUAGCACCCCUGGACUCGGACCCAGCCCGGGACCAGGGAGCUUAGCCCUGCCCCUCACUACAGGUCCCACGCCAGUCCCAGGCCAAACCGCAGUCCUUCCCCAAGCCCCUGCAACAACCUCAGCCCCAACCCCUGCUCAGACCACUGUGCCUGUCCGCUACAGCCGGAGGAACAACCCAGACUUGGAGAAACGACGGAUCCACCACUGUGAUUACCCAGGCUGCAAGAAGGUCUACACCAAGUCGUCCCAUCUGAAAGCCCACCUCAGAACUCACACGGGUGAGAAGCCGUACAGGUGCACGUGGGACAGCUGUGACUGGCGUUUCGCUCGCUCAGACGAGCUGACGCGUCACUAUCGGAAGCACACGGGCGCCAAACCCUUCCAGUGCGCCGUCUGUUCACGAGCCUUUUCCCGAUCCGACCACCUCGCCCUGCACAUGAAGAGACACCAGAACUAGCAACAUUUGCACACACUCACACACACACACACACAUACACACUGCAAAUACACAAGCACUAUCUUGACAGACAUAAAGCACUCACUCCAUCUCCCACAACUACAAUGUUACAAGCUGCCUGAUGUAGAGCAGCUUUCACUGACACCACAGCUCCUCCUGGUGCUGCUAUCAUGUGCUAAAACAGUAUGAUAGCCUAACAAUGGGACGGUUUGGAGGUUGUAAAGUAAAAAGAUAAUGGCCAGAUGAAGCUCCUGGUCCUUUAACCUCCAGAUAUACUUGGUAUAAAUUUCUUUGAAUAAAUACAAAGAAGAAAAAUUGUAACAAAAAUAAUAUGGUAGCUCCAAAAUGUAUCUCCAGUCCAUUUGGACUCUUGUGUGUGACUGGAAUGAAAGCACUUACCACUCAAAACUUGUACGUUUUUUCUCUGUUCUAACAUAGAAAAGACUUCUUUUUUUUUUUUUUUUAUAAAGGAGAAGCUUUUGUUUGCAAAACUAGCCAAACCAAAUCUUUGUUUACUCCAUGGUUUGUUUAAUUGUUUAUAUAACUGGAAUAUCCAGAUUUUAUUUUUUACCAAAUCAUUUGGUUUGCACUAGAAUUGGUAAUCUAAGUCUGAGCCUUUUUUGGCCCAUGCAUCUCAUUCACCACUGGAACGAUCAUUAUCACUACUGGACUGAAUCUCACAAAUCAUUGCUGUUCAGAUAUUAAAAAUUGAAGGCAUUUAUACUCUGGAGAGAGGGAAGAUAGUGCAGGGGAAAAAAACGAGGGAGGGGUGCAGAGAGAGAGAUAGAAAGAUUUUUGAUUUUAGAGAGAGGAGAUCUGAGGACGACUGAGAAACAGAGAGAGGUGGAUGGUUGCUAAAGAGCAGCAAUUAGGUGAUGAAUUAUUCAGAUUGUCUUUCGAUGGAUUUCCAGCCAGAGAAAUGUAAGCAGAGCCCAUAGACAUAUUCUAGAAUUCAUUCAGUUUAACAGAAGUGAGUGUAUUUGAUGCACAAGCUUAAAUUAAGCGUCUUCAAUAUACAGCUGCUGUACAUCUGUCUCAUCCAUCGUUUUACUUCUUUACAAUGUUUUAACCAAAGCAUCAUCUCCAUCAUCAACACCUUAUUAAGUGCCUCCUCCUCUGGUUUAUGUGUUUUUGUUCAGUGGUAGCUGAGCUGUGAUCAAUGUAGACAGUCCUUUAAACACGCAUGGUGCUGUUUUUAUUUCUGAAUCUAUUGAAUCUCUCGACUCAGCUAAAGAAAACGUAUUUUAAAUUACAAGGUUACCCAUCAUUCGUUGUAAUUUAACAGCACAGCUCAGGCCACUUCACGGACAUCCUGACAUUAUGUGGAUUUUUUUUAAAUUAAAAUGAUAGUCAGUCCUUUCUCUGGGGGUUUUCGCUCUCUGACUUUGUACACAACUAACUCGCAACGCGGCUCUAUCAAUCAGUCGAACAUGGACACGUGUUUUGUUAAAGAAUAGGUUCAUGUUUCUUCAAGACGUUCUUUCAACUAUGCUCACGUGCCCCUGUGUACAUUACAAAAGUUACUGCUCCCUUUUCUCUGGCCAUGAUAAGGUUCCCGCUUUAAACAUGCGAGUGACGGGAGACAAAAUCAACACUCUUCAUUUUAUUAUUAUAUGAGGCUUCAACAUUCUGAGUUAUACAAAUCAAAUUGUAUCUUUUAAAAUAAAUCUCAUCUCAAAUUCUCUCUAAUAGACAGCGUUUGCUGUCCCGGCUGAUUUUGCAUUGAAAUCACCCUUUUAAUGUACAUAUGGACACAAGAAUAUUAUUCUUAUAUAUAUAUAAGAUAGACUUGAAAAAAUGUGAACCUGUGCUUUAACGUACACCUCAGUGUCCAUUUUGGUGGUGUGGUUUAGCCAGAACUUACAACUGUAUUUGUUCAUUCACUGCAGGUAGCGUUAAGAAAAUAUAGCACUGUAAUGUAUCAUGGUAAAUCUAUUUAUUUGAUUUGUGUAGAAGUGGGGGUUGUAUCAGAUCAGCCGUCUUUCUCCCCAGCAACAAUGCCUUAAUGUAAAUAUAUGCACUGUAAAUAACUUGAUUUUGUUUGUUUUUUUUCCUCUUUUGUUAUUAUUUUGUAAACAAAAGGGCAAAAAAGAGGAAACUGCCCCGCAUCCAAAAAUAUUUGAGCCUUUUUUUUCUUUUUGGUUUUGUUCUCUUGUCAAAGAUAUUUUGAUGCCAUUGUUUUAUAUAUUGUCCUUUCAACAACUUAUUUUAUAAAUCCUUUCGUUUUUUUUUCCUUCUGUGGUAAACGUUCCAAAGACAAAAGUUGUUUUUCUUCAACUGAGUGAAGCCGAUCCCAAUAAAGUCAACUGACACUUUUA